ACCUAGAAAUACAACUGUUGUCAAAAAAGAGUACAACCCUUGCUUGAACAUUAGUUUGUUUUGAAUUUUUUAGUGCUAGUUUUCUAUUAAAAUGGGCAAAAAGAAGAACAAGAAUAAGGUCAGCGGUGCUGUGAAAACAGCCGCUAAAACUGAGAAGAAGCUUGCUAAUAGGUUGAAGAAGGAAUUAGCUAAUUUGGGAGAGGAGGACAUUGCUAAAGUAAUAGCAGAGAUUGAGCGAGAGGAAGCGAAGAGGUCUGCAGCCACGGAGAAGGCUCUGCCCGGUCCUCCGUCGCCUAGAGCAUACGCUACACUGACACCGCAUCCUACUAAUAAUGAACUCAUCUUGUUUGGAGGAGAAUAUCACAAUGGCCAGAAGACUGAGGUAUACAACGAGCUGCUGUUCUACAACCCCACAAACAACUCGUGGAAGAUCCUGAAGGCUCCCGGAGCUCCUCCACCAAGAUCAGCUCAUCAGGCCAUUGCUACUCCUGCUAAUAAAGGAGAGCUGUGGGUGUUUGGUGGAGAGUUUACGAGUCCCUCGGAGACACAGUUCCAUCAUUACAAGGAUCUCUGGUGCUUCUCGCUGGCUGAGAAGAAAUGGGAGAAGGUGGUAGCACCGAACGGUCCGUGCUCUCGUUCAGGUCACCGCAUGGCGCUUCUUGGUCGGAACAUCAUCGUGUUCGGCGGGUACGCGGACGACGGGCGCGAGUGUCGGUACUUCGACGACGUGUACUCCUUCAGCCUCGAUACCAGGACCUGGAGCAAACUGGCUCCCAGUGGCAAAGGACCUACUGCUAGGUCCGCUUGUGUCAUGCUACCCGCUGGGAGUGAUUCGCUCCUAAUCUACGGCGGUUUCUCCCGUGUCCGCGAAGGUCGUUCCGAGCGUACUCAGACCCACACGGACCUGUUCCGGCUGUCGCUGAAGGAGGGGGGCGGCUGGGCGUGGCGCGCGCAGGCGGGGGGGCCGGCCGCGCCCCCCGCGCGGGCCGGCCAGGCCGCCGCCGUCAACCCGCAUAGCAACCGCGGAUAUGUGUUCGGAGGUGUCAGUGAUGUAGAAGAAACGGAGGAAGAGCUCCGUGGUGAGAUGAGUGACGACCUGCAACUGCUGGACAUGGAGACUGGCAAGUGGCACAUCGUCACGCUGCGGUCGGAACAGCUCGGAGCCAAGCCAGUCGCCAAGGAGGAGGAAACCGUGCAGAAGGCAGAGGAGACUGUUACAGUGGUAACAGACGAAGUAUUCACAAUGAAGUUGGGCGGUGCCGCGGCCCCAGUGGCCGGGUCCCUGGCGGCGGCCCCGGCGGGCCCCAAGAGCGGCCCGGGCCCCCGCAUGUCCGCCAUGAUGGCGGUGCAACGCGCCACGCUCUAUGUGUACGGAGGGGUGCUGGAGAAAGACGACAAACAGUUCUAUCUAUCUGAUAUGUAUAGUUUAGAUUUACAUAAACUAAAUGAAUGGAAGACUCUGAUAGAGCAGCCUUCACUGCCCGACUGGCUUGGAUCUGACUCCGAAGAAUGGGAAUCUGGCUCAGAUAGCGAAUCCGAUAGCGACUCCGAUAGUGAUUAAGCUAAAAUGAAUCUUAUAUCAUAAGAAACUAAGGUUGAAAGUCGAGUACACUGUGAUUUGAAUUAAGUAUAAUUUGAUAUUUUUAUAAACUCGUAUUCUAUACGUCUAUGUGUUUUAAUCUACAGUUUUACUGUUAAUCUAAACUAGUACUUGUUGUAUACGUGUUUAGAUUCAAUUUCCUAUAUCUAUUUGUAAUUAGCGGUAAGUUUUAAACAAUAGAUCAUUUUUUUAUUACCA